AUGUCGGGAAGAGGAAGAAAGCCACGAGGUAGAAGAAAAGAUGUGGUGGACGACGUUCGUGGAGAAAAUGUACCUCCUCCCAUCAUUCAACCUCCCGCUAUGUAUCCGCCACUGGAAUUUAAACCAGUUCCCCUCAUAAGUAAUGAAGAAGAAAAUUAUUUAUUGGCACUGAAACAGGAACUGAGGGGAACGCUACGCGAUUCAGGAUUUUACGUUCAACCUGUCCUGGUUAAAAAAGACAUCGAGAGGUAUUCCGACAAAUAUCAACAAAAGGACAUGACAGCAAAUGACAUCAAGUGGGAUUUUAAAAGAUUUCCAAAGGAACUGAAGGAUAUCAAGCGUAAAAGACCUGCUGCCAAACAGCCGAAAGUAUCCAAGAAACGAAAGAAAAACUUUUCUCAAGAUGAUAUUAAAAAUAAACUUGAGCAAUUGGAAACAAACGAGAAAUCCGAGACAAGUGAAGAGGAGCAAGAGGAGGCAAAAGAGGACGAAGAGGAAGGCGAUAAGGACGAAGAAGAAUUAUACGAUGAAGAAGAACAAGAGGAAGGUACAGAUUAUGCGGUCAAUUAUUUUGACAAUGGAGAAGACUAUCUGGACGAAGACGACAACAUGGACGACGGACCACUUUAUUAAAGAAAUUAGCCAAAUAUUGCAUUUGUAAAUAUAUCACAUCAUCAAUAUAUGAAAUUUUAUUUAAUACUGUUCCAAAGAGGAAACAGACAAUUUAUUAUCUUCUUCCAAUAAAAAUAUGAAUUUCACGUAGACAAUUGAUGUAAAUCAUCGAGUUUGAUUAAAAAUGUGCCACACAAUUUAAUUUUUUUCUUUUUGUAUAUACAUAUAUAAUACAUUGAAAUACUUAAGUAGAAAUUCUGUACAAUAAAUCAAUGGUCCCUUAUCUAGCACUCUUCCA